AUGAGCCAAGAACAAGCUGUGACUCCCGGUACGGAACCGGCUCCCCCUAAAUCUGCCAAGGAAUUGGAAAAGGAGAGAAAGAAGGCAGAGAAGAUGGCCAAGUUCCUUGCCAAACAGGCUAAGCAACAAGAGCUAGCUAAAAACGCUGCCAAGAACCAGGAAAAGAAGAAGAAGGAGGCAAAGAAAGAGGCCGAACCAGUGCCCGAGUUUGUCGAUACCACUGUUCCUGGUGAGAAGAAGGUUCUUGUCAGUUUGGAAGACAAAUCCUUCUCUGCAUAUAGUCCAAAGGCAGUCGAAUCUUCCUGGUCUGAGUGGUGGACCAAACAAGGUUAUUUCGAGCCAGAAUUCACGAAAGACGGAAAGAUCAAGCCUGAAGGAUUGUUCUGCAUUCCUGCUCCUCCUCCAAACGUCACUGGAGCUCUCCAUAUUGGUCACGCACUCACGGUCUCUAUCCAAGAUGCCCUAAUAAGAUACAACAGAAUGAAAGGCAAGACUGUUCUGUUCUUGCCGGGAUUCGACCAUGCUGGUAUUGCUACACAAUCUGUCGUUGAGAAGACUCUGUGGGCCAAGGAAAAGACGACCAGACACGAUUUGGGCCGUGAAAAGUUCAUCAGCAAGGUCUGGGACUGGAAAGAAGUGUACCACGCCAAGAUCAAGAACCAGUUCAAGAUGCUUGGUGCUUCGUACGACUGGUCCAGAGAGGCCUUCACUCUCUCUCCAGAACUGUCCAAGGCUGUCGUUGAAGCAUUCGUCAGACUUCACGAAGAGGGAACCAUCUACCGUGACUUGAGAUUGGUCAACUGGUCCGUGCAACUGUCUACUGCUUUGUCCAACUUGGAGGUGGACAACAAGGUUGUUCCUCCUAGAACUCUUCUUUCUAUCCCAGGUUACAAAGAGAAGGUUGAAUUUGGUGUGCUGACCUCGUUUGCCUACCCUGUUGUGGGCUCUGACGAAAAGCUGGUUGUUGCUACCACUCGUCCUGAGACCAUUUUCGGUGACACUGCUGUUGCCGUGCACCCUAAAGAUCCAAGAUACACACAUCUCCACGGAAAGUUUGUGCAACAUCCAUUCUUGGACAGAAAGCUUCCAAUCAUUACCGACGCCGAGGCAGUCGACAUGGAGUUUGGUACUGGUGCCGUGAAGAUCACUCCUGGUCACGACACGAACGAUUACAACACCGGUAAGAGAAACAAGCUGGAAUUCAUCAAUAUCUUCACCGAUGAUGGUAAGUUGAAUGCCAACUGUGGUGAGUGGGAAGGUAUCAAGAGAUUCGAUGCCAGACCUUUGGUUAUCGAGAAGUUGAAGGAGAAGGGCCUUUUCGUUGGCCAAGAGGACAACGAGAUGACUUUGCCUAUCUGCUCCAGAUCCGGUGACGUUAUCGAGCCAUAUUUGAAACCGCAAUGGUGGGUGUCUCAGAAGAAAAUGGCCGAUGCCGCUAUUGAUGCAGUCAAGAACGGAGAAAUUACCAUCACUCCAAAGAGCUCUGAGGCAGAGUACUUCAGAUGGUUGGAGAACAUCCAGGACUGGUGUAUUUCCAGACAGCUCUGGUGGGGACACAGAUGUCCUGUCUACUUUGUGGACAUUGAAGGAGAGACCAACGACAGAAACGACGGCAAGUAUUGGAUUUCUGGAAGAACAGAGGAAGAGGCACAGGCUAAGGCUGAGAAGGCUUUCCCAGGACAAAAGUUCACCUUGCACCAAGACGAAGACGUUUUGGACACCUGGUUCUCCUCUGGAUUGUGGCCAUUCUCCACCUUGGGAUGGCCAGACAAGACCAAGGACAUGCAGAACUUCUACCCUGCUUCCAUGUUGGAGACCGGAUGGGAUAUUUUGUUCUUCUGGGUUUCCAGAAUGAUUAUGCUUGGUAUCAAGAUGACUGGACAAGUUCCAUUCAAGGAGGUUUUCUGCCACUCUUUGGUGCGUGAUGCUCAAGGAAGAAAGAUGAGCAAGUCGCUUGGUAACGUGAUCGACCCAAUCGAUGUUAUCAGAGGUGUUUCUUUAGAGAAGUUGCACGAACAGUUGCUCACUGGUAACUUGGAUGCCAAGGAAGUUGAAAGAGCCAAGGCUGGACAAAAAGAGUCUUACCCUAACGGUAUCCCAGAAUGUGGUACUGAUGCUCUGAGAUUUGCACUUUGUGCCUACACCACUGGUGGUAGAGAUAUCAACCUUGAUAUUCUCAGAGUUGCUGGAUACCGUAAGUUUGGUAACAAGAUCUUCCAAGCUACCAAGUUCGUUUUGAUGAGAUUGGGAGACAACUACGUUCCUCCUGCCACCGGGGCUUUGACUGGUAACGAGGCAUUGGUUGAGAAGUGGAUCUUGCACAAAUUGUCGAAGUGUGCUGAGAAGGCUAACAAGGCUAUCGAGGACAGAGAGUUCUAUGAUGUCACCCAGGCCAUCUACAACUUCUGGCUGUACGACCUUUGUGACGUUUACAUUGAGAACUCCAAGUUCUUGAUUCUGGAAGGAACUGACGCUCAAAAGAAAUCUGCCAGAGAUACUCUGUACACUGCUAUUGACGGCGCUUUGAGACUCAUCCAUCCAUUCAUGCCUUUCAUUUCCGAGGAAAUGUGGCAGAGACUUCCAAAGAGAUCCACCGAAACUAGUGAGACCAUCGUCAAGGCCAAGUACCCAGAGUACGUGAAGGAGUACGACAACGUCGAGGCCUACGAAGCUUACGAGUUGGUGUUGGAAAUCACUAAGAGCGCCAGAUCUUUGCUUUCCCAAUACAACAUCACGAAAAACGCCAAGGUGUAUGUGGAGGCAACCAAACCAGAGUAUGCUGCCAUUGCUAAGGACCAGACCGACUCUAUUGUCUCGUUGAUCAAGGCCGUGGACGGUAUCACUGUCGUGACUGACGCCAAGGACAUCCCAGACGGAUGUGCCCUUGCUGCCGUUGUUCCAGGAUGCACCGUUCACUUGAUGGUCAAGGGAAUGAUCGACUUGGACAAGGAGAUCGAGAAGGUGGAGAAGAAGCUCAACAAGGCCAAGGGUGCCCUGAACAACCUUGAAAAGAUGAUCAAUGCUCCAGACUACGAAAAGAAGGUGUCCUCGGAAGUCCAGGAGAAGAACAAGGUGACUCGUUCGAACCAGGUUGCCGAGAUCGAAGGAUUCGAGGCCACUAUUAAGAAUCUCGAGAGAUUGAAACUGUGA